AUGUUCGACAAACUCAAAGCGAAAGCCUCGUCGCUCCGCUUGCGUAUUCCUCAGGCUUCCGCCAACUUGAAGGCUGCUUCCGCAUCUAGUGCUUCCUUGGCCGGUCCAGCGGCACGCAACUCGUUUGGCGACACCGACUACUAUCGACAAACUAAAGAGGAGAUCCACUCCCCAGUGUCGUGGGUGACGCUGUAUGGAUCUAAUUGCGAUUCUCCAUCAGAGCCUUUGCUCGACGACACAGACACUAAUGCACCCAUCGCGAUUCAAGAGAACGUAUCCGCCAUCCAUUUGCAUCGAGCACAGACCUUCGAAGACCAAGUCAACGACAUCACCUCUAGAUCUCACAACCCUCUACUCGACCAUGUUAACUCAACUGAUUUUGCGCAUACCUUCCAAGACAGCAUCGUCACGGUGGAUGAUGACGGCGACGACGACGAUCUCAAAUUCCACAAUCCGCUCGCUCUCAAACGACAACUCAUGCUCAACGACGACCUGCGGGCGCCAAAGUGGGUCAAACCCACCUCGGCCAUUGUUCAGGCUGUCACACGCGGCUUCCAAGAUAGCUUGGUAGACGGCCCGGGAUCCCAGCUUGAAGAUGGUCCAACACGUCAUCUUAUACUCGGCGACGAGCCUGAACCGCGGGCGGCCAACGACCGCAGGAACCCAACUACGGCCACCGGUGUUGCGGAAUCAUACAAGAGGAACAGACGGCUGUCGGCCUGGACUACUUUGGACACGAUUCUGAGUAAAGCCUCGCGGCGGAGAGCUCCCAAUCUUGCCCAUGACAACGGCCCAAAUGGAGCCGACCAGUUUGCUUCGGAAACGAGGGCAAAGGAGUCCUCGCCAAAACGCCAAUCCAAGGGCAGGAGGGUGAAGGGACUGCCAGCUACAGGAAAUCUCAGGUCCAAAUCGAUGCCUUCCUUCUUCUAA